CAUUGAUCAUCAUCAAAUUGGAAAAUCCAUUUUUGUGUGGUAAAUUUUUGUUUUAGAUUUUUAGAAAAUUUUUUUGAUUAAAAAAUGAAUUCAAUGAAAAUUAUUACCGUUUUUGGUUUGUUGGCAUUAUUGGCCAGUAUGGGCCAGGCCAGAAAUUUGGAUCUUUGUAUGAAUGAAAUGUCAGAAUCAUUGCCAUCAUCAACAACAAAACGACCACCAACACCAACAAAAGCAUCAUCUCCAACAACAUUAAUGGAUCCAACAAAAUUAUUACAACGAAUAAUAACACAAUCUGAUCAAUUAAUAUUGGAAACUAAAACAGCAUUAGAACAAUAUCGUAUUGAAAAAAAUUAUUUUACAACCGCAUUGGAAAAAGAAUUAGUAUUAUUAAUGAAAUAUACUGAACAUUUGAAAAAAGAAUCCAGUGAUAUUGAUAGUCAGAAUCCAUUUUUUCGUGAAUUUGUUUAUAAUGCUGAAAUCCAGGUUGGUAAAACAAUGGGACGUAUACAUGAAAUAAUGUAUUUGGGACAAAAAGGAACCGAUCCCGGUUAUGUACAAAUCUUACAUCUUAUGGAUGCAUUAAAAACACGUGCUUAUGCUGAUAUUGGUUAUCUGUUUAUGCAUGGUAAAGCUGAACAAGCACAAAGUAUCAAAGAUGAAAUAUUACAAAUUGAAGAACUAGAACGACAAUUAAAAUCAACUGAUUUUAAAUUAACACCACAAACAUCUGAACAAUUGAUUGAAAAAAUGUUAGAACAUGAACGUCAUCUUGAAGAAGAAUUAUAUAAAAUUGAAGAAGAUAAUCUUUGAACAAACAUCAAAAUCAAAAAAUCAAAAAUCAAAAAUCAAAAAUCAAAAAUCAAAA